AUGGCGGCCAUGUGUGGUGGUGGCAGCGGUGGUGGCGGAGGUGAUGGUUAUACGGGAAGACGUCGCACUACGAGAUCAUCACCAAGCCGGCCAUAUACGAUCACGAACACCUGGUUCACGGAGCUUCGUACUCAUAGUUACGCUCGGCACCUCAAAAUGGACGAGAACAGCGGAAAGCAUCACCCGAUCGGACGCGGCCCGCCGCAGCCUCAGCGCGUCAGCGUCGUGCACGCGGCGCCGACCGCUCCGGUCACCGACCCGGGCCAACAGCCGGCGAAGAGGACGAGGCCGUCGGCCGUCUGUCAUUAUAAUUUUUCGAAUUUUAUUCAAUUUCGUUUUAGAAUAUGGUGUUACAGUACUAUAUAA